AUGCACACAAAAAUUCUGCCACCAAAACCAGGAAACCCAACCAUGUCUUCGAAAGUGUAUUCCGUGGCACGAGUUUACGCCGACGUUAACAAACAAAAGCCACAAGAAUACUGGGACUAUGAGGCACAUGUGAUCGAGUGGGGCGAUAUUCGCAAUUACGAAAUCGUUAGCAAAAUUGGCCGCGGCAAGUACUCAGAGGUGUUUGAAGGUGUCAAUGUGCUUAAUGACCAGCCGUGUGUAAUCAAAGUGCUUAAGCCGGUGAAGAUGAAGAAAAUCUACCGUGAGGUGAAGAUUCUUAAGAAUCUCACGGGCGGGCCCAACAUUGUGGGUCUUUUGGACAUUGUGCGCGAUCAACAGUCCAAGAUCCCAGCUUUAGUGUUUGAGCAGGUUGAUAAUGUGGAUUUCCGUAUUUUGUACGGUAAGUUCACCAUCCCAGACAUCCAGUACUACUUCACACAGCUUCUUAUUGCGUUGGACUACUCGCAUUCGAUGGGCAUUAUCCAUCGGGAUGUCAAGCCGCAGAACAUUAUGAUCGACCCAAAGGCCAAGAAGUUGCGCUUAAUUGACUGGGGCUUGGCCGAGUUUUACCAUGCUGGAAUGGACUACAACGUGCGUGUGGCGUCGCGGUACCACAAGGGCCCCGAGCUUUUGAUCAACUUGCAACAGUAUGACUACUCGCUUGACUUAUGGUCUGUAGGGUGCAUGUUGGCGGCAAUCAUCUUCAAGAAGGAACCGUUUUUCCGCGGCGACUCCAACAAUGAUCAGCUUGUACAGAUCGCCAAGGUGUUGGGCACAAAAGACUUGAUGGCAUAUGUGAACAAGUACCGGAUCAAAUUGAGCGACGAGUACAACUCCAUUUUGGGCAACUACCCACGCAAGCCGUGGUCAGCAUUCGUCAACAAAGACAACCAGCAUUUGGUUCUGCCCGAGGUUGUGGACUUGAUAGAUAAACUUUUGACCUACGACCACCAAUUGCGGCCUACGGCCAACGAAACACGUGAGCAUCCGUUCUUUUCCUUGUAG